AUGCCUCCCGUGCUGCUCCCGCCCGCCGCCGAGCGCCCGCAGGACCUGCGCGUGGGCGCCCCCGCGUGGCGGGCGGCCGCGCUGGCCGCGUCCCGCCGCGCGCAGCAGCUGACGGAGCGCUGCGGGCACGAAGCGGUGGGCAUGUGGCAGCCGGCCGAGGGCGCGCGGGACCCGCACCUGGCGCGGCACCUGAGCCGCGCCGCCUACAUGGAGCCCUGGCGCUUCCGCGUGGAGAUGCUCAAGGGCGGCGGCACCGUGGAGAGGCCGCCGCCCGGCGAGGGCGUCACGCUGUGGCGCGGGAAGACCAAGCCGCCCGCCUGGCGCGCGCGCCUGCCGCUGCCGCUGCACCGCGACGCGCGCGCCAUGCAGACGGCCGAGCUGGUGUUCGCGCACGCGCGGGGGGCGCGCCUGACGGCCGCGCGCCUCAGCCGCGCGCAGAGCCAGGUCAACGGGCAGCUGCGGCGCCUGCAGCAGCGGCGCGAGAGCUGCGACCGCCGGCUGGGCGAGGUGCGCAAGGGGCUACUGGUCAACCAGCAGAGCGCCCGGCUGCGGAGCUUCCGCCACGCCUCCGAGCAGAUUCCUGACAGAGUGGACAGUACGCUGAAAUGGGAGAAAGAGGAGCUGAAGUCCAUGAAGAGGAAAAUGGAGGUGGACAUGGAGAAAUCGGAGACCCUGCUCAAGGCUCUGGCCUCCUGCCGCGACACCCUGGGCUUCUACUGUCAGGAAAGACUCCAGGCUGUGGAGCUCAUGAACCAGCCUCUGGACAAGGUCCUGGAGCAGGCAGGCCGCCACUCCUGGGUGGACCUCUCCCGGGCCCCAACCCCACGGACUCAGGGCAUGAAGACGCCGCCUCCUGACCCUGUGGGCCCCUACACACCAGACUGCGCGGCAGCCCUGUUCGAGGCCAAGCGCCUGCUGAUGGAGUCCAAGGAGGCGCUGGCAGAGAUGGAGCAGAACGAGCGUGGCCUGGGUGAACAGCAGCGGCAGAUCAGUCACCGCGUGAACAACGCACUGCAGCAGAAGAUGCGGGAGACACUGGAGCUGAAGGAGCGGAUGAACAUGACUCUGGGGCUCAUGCGGGGCACCAUCCACCGCUGCAACAAGUUCAACCAGGAGAUGUACGUGACGCGCGGGCUCAUCAAGGGCCCUCUGCUGAAGACUCACCUGGAGGCCAAAGAGAAACUAGACAGACCCCUGGUUCGAAUGUACCAGAAACACGUGGGCACCCAGCUUCCCGAGGCAACACGCCUGGCCCAGGGCACUAACAGGCUGCAGCAGCACAACACACUCAUGGAAAAGAACCUGAAGGAGCUGCUGACCACCCGGGACCGCCUGGCUGGAUGCCUGGGUGCCAAGGAGCUGGGCUAUGAAAUAGACCACAAUGUGGUGCGCCUGCGCCGCCGCCAGCAGCACCCCCACGUGGGCUACGAGCAGGCCCAGCAGCUGGUCCACGACUGA